CUCUCGUUUUUUUUGCGCGUCUCUUUCCAACCCUGCCUCUCUCACCCGCCGGCUCAAAAAACUGUUUUGUGAACUCCCACAGAGAUUACAGAAUGGACAGUCCAUUCACGCUAAAGAAUAAAACCCCUGAGGUUGCAGGAAAUUGCGCUUAUGUUCAAUUACAUUAACAACGUGACACCCUCGCGUGGCGGCGAAAUAUACUAAAUGAUUCGGUCAUGGAGAGAGGGGCUUCUCUUGGAUUAUACCGGUGUGGUGUGUUGCUGAUGGCAAUUCUAACAGCAUUUCCAUGCUAUUGUCACGGAAAUUGGAUGUGGCUAGGAUCCACAGCCAGUGGAGUUACAGAGAAGAUGGGAUGUCUAGGUUUGCCGCUUUCAAACAAACAGAAAGAUCUAUGCAAAAGGAAACCCAGUCUUUUGCCAGCCAUUAAAGAAGGAGCUCGCAUUGGUAUUUACGAAUGCCAACGUCAGUUUAAACACGAAAGGUGGAAUUGUUCUAUCACUAAUGAUUACUCUGUUUUUGGCUAUGAGUUAACCAGCGGAACGAAGGAGAGCGCCUUCAUUCAGGCGCUAAUGGCGGCGGGGCUCGUGCACGCGGUGACGCGGGCCUGCAGCGCGGGAAACCUGACCGAGUGCUCGUGUGACCGGAACCUCCGGAGCGGUGGCUCGGCCAACGAGGGCUGGCACUGGGGCGGCUGCUCCGACCAUCCGCAGUACGGCGUGGCGCUCAGCAGGAAGUUUGUCCACACCGGCAGCAAACCGGUGGCCGGAGAACUCGGAGCAGACAAAGAAGCGUGGGCGACCAUGAUCCAGCACAAUAACGAGGCGGGUCGACAGGCUGUGUCCAAAUUGAUGUCCGUGAAUUGCCGUUGUCAUGGAGUGUCUGGAUCAUGUGCAGUGAAAACUUGUUGGAAAACCAUGUCUUCAUUUGAUCAAAUUGGCCAAUACCUGAAAGAGAAAUAUGAGCACAGUGUCCAAAUCCUGGACAAGUCAAAGAAGAAGGCUCGUCGCAAGGGCAAGGAGCAGCGGAAAGUGCCAGUGAACAGGGAGGACCUGGUACACAUUAAAAAGUCACCCAAUUAUUGUGUAGAAGAUAAAAAGUUAGGCAUCCAUGGAACUCGGGGGCGUGAAUGUAACCGAACCUCUCCUGCUUCAGAUGGCUGUAACCUGCUGUGCUGCGGACGGGGAUAUAACACACACGUUGUCCGGCAUGUGGAGCGAUGUGACUGUAAAUUUGUGUGGUGCUGUUACGUGCGCUGUCGGAGAUGUGAAACGAUGACUGAUGUACACACCUGCAAGUAGCUUAAAGUCAAAUAGAACAAGGGGAAAGCUUUGCACCAAAGAAGCAUGAGAUCUUACUGGUUUUAAUGAGCAACUAUACAAAGUUGAACAAGCUGUUUGUAAAACAUUUGCAUGGUCAUGACUUUCAGUUGAGUAGAGAAUAUUUUAAAAUAUUGCAAUUUGUAACUGAGCAAAUCCUAUGAACAAAAAUAUAAGACUAUCAUCGAAUAAAGUAAUUGCUUUGUCUCAAAUUUAUAGAAAUAAAUCAGAAGAAAAGGAACUGAAAGAAAACCACAGAUGGAGUAGCACAAGUACUGGAGUACUAGUGCACAAUACUGAAUCAGUACUAGUAGAUAAUACUGAACAAAUACAAGCAGCACAAGUACUAGAAAACUAAUACACAAUACUGAAAUAAACAGCUGCAGAUGCUGGAAUCUGGAGCAAAAAAAAACUGAUCUAUCAGGCAGCAUCUGUAGAGGCAGAGGGAUAGCCAAAAGAUAGUUCUGAAUGGUCAACUUUGCCACUGCCUCCACAGAUACCGCCUGACCUGCUGAAUCUUCCAGCAGCUCAUUUUUUUACUGGAAUACUAUAAGCCUUUUAGUGGAGAUGGAAUAUAGUAGUAUUUUAACAUUCCAAAUCAAAUGUUUGAAAACUUUGUAUUUUUACUUAAGUAUAGCAUAAGUUAUAUAAAAUGACUGCUGUAUUUUGUUAAACCAUAGAAUAUGUUGAAAACCACAGAAGUAGCAUUGUCUGAAGUUGAAAUAUAAUAUUGACUUCUUGAAGAUAAAAUCUUCUAAAUUACUGAUCACUGAUGAAAAUGGAAACAUUGAGACACUGUAUUUCAGUUGCAUGGCAACAGUGUAUCUAAAACUAUAUUACUUACAAAGUAAAAUAAUUUAAUUUACUAGGGUGUGUUCUAAAGUAUAGUGGUUCACACCUUACGAAAAUAUAUGUACAGAGAAUUUUAAUUUUGGAUGACAAGCAUUCUAACAGCUUAAUAUGUGUAAAUAUUUAACUUAAGCAAAAUGUGUAAAAGGUCAGCCAUAAUCUCACUGUAUAAAUUGUAAUUAUCAUAGUUGUGCUAUGUUAUGUAUAAAAUGUAGUUGAGAAUUGAAAACAUUUAAAAUGUUUCUUAUUGUUUUUGAUAUCUAAGGUUACCGACGAAAAUGUCAGUUUUGGAGUUUUAUUUUAGAUACAUGCAUUUCUUGCAGAAAAUAUCCUUAAAAGUGGAAAAUAAGUUUUUUUUGUUAGAGCAAAUGCAUUUUUAAAGUUACCUUUUCUAAAAUUCUGAAUUUUUACUUAACUUCUCCUAAAUCUCUCAUUUCAAUAGGGAUGGUGAGCUGUGAAAAAUAACAUGACAGUGAAAAAUACCACAAGUCCAUUAUUUAUAAGGGUUUUAGUUUAUUGAUGACCUUAAGGGGUCAUAGAUCUUAGCCUGAUUUGAUGCAAAGAUGAAAACACAAGUAAAUAUAAUCUAUUUAGAAUCAAAUAAAGUUUGAUAUUUGCCUCCUUAGUGAAUUUAUUCCCACUUGAAAAUUUGAGACUGUUAUGUUAACAUUUAGGCUUCAACUUAAUAUAGUUAAAUUGGCUCAUGAUCCAACCAGAAAAAAAAUGUACAACAUUCAUGCAAUUGAGUAUCAUAAAUUUAUAUGAAAGUAGAUUGUCAAAAAAUAAAUGAGAACAAUUCUCCCCUUGGAUACUCUUGGCAUCUGUUUCUGUGUGUGUCUAGUUAAGUGCAGUGUUUUAUCAUCCCUCUUUAGCUUUGUAACUAACAACUCAACAUCUUCAGAAUAGCACAAAACAGGAAACCCAAAAACUCUACACAGCACACAUAAAAAUAGCCAAGUAAAUGUUAAGUGUUAUUGUUUAGGCAAUUCCUUGGAAACUGUCUACUCACAAAUAAGGCUUUAAAACUGAUCCAUCCUCCUAUGUAAAAUUUCACCUCAUAAUAAAAUUGGUUACACUCUCAAUCAGUGUGGCAGUUACAAAGUAUAAUCUUUUAAUUUAAUUGUGUCUAUAUGAUACUUGGUUUAUUAUUGUCAAGUACUGAAAUACUACAGGAAAACUUGUCUUGCAUAUUAUUCAUACAGAUCAAAUGAUUACACAGUGACCAGGUAGAACAAGGUAACACAAUAACAAUGCAGAAUAAAGCAUAACAGCUACUGUGAAUGUGUAGGUAAACAGUAAGGUGCAAGAUCAUAAUGUAGAUUGUGCAGUCAAGAGUCAAUCAGAUCAUACUAGGGCCUUGCAACAGCAAGAUAGAAGCUGCCCUUAAACCUGGUAGCACAUGGUUUCAGGCUUUUGUAUCUUUUGCCUGAUGGAAGUGGGAGAAGAGAGAAUAGCUGGAGUGUGUGUUAUCAAAGUGCUGUACAGUCAAAAUUAGAAUGAUAGUAAACUAAGGAAAAUGAAAAUAAAAUUUGGAGACUAUAAAUAAUGUACAAAUUCUGUAAAGGGAAAUAUAAUAGCAACAUCAAAAUAGUUCACAUAGUUAAAUGAAUUUAACAAUAGUCUGAAAUAUUUUUCCACCAAUUUUCAGUGAGUGAGACAUCUAUUACAAAGCUUGUAAUAAAUCUUUUAUUGUAUUCGAUAUAUUCUUUUCUUUGAACUAAAGCUAAAUCCUUUCUGCUUCUUCUGAUGCGUUAAUGGGAAUCAUUUGAUAGUAUAGUUGCUUCUGGGCUGAAGUUUGUGGAAUCAGGUCCUACUCCAACACAUAAAUCUGGUGAAUCAUUUCCAGUGAAGAGCUGAGACAUUGUCAGAGGUCUUGUCUUCUGGACGAAAUGUUAAACCAUGACCCUAGCUGACUCCUGCGUAGGCACAAGGGAUCCCAUGUCUUGAUUUCACAGAAAAGCAAGGAUUCUUAAUGUUCUGGUCAAAAUAUUAAAAAAAUCACUGCUACCGUGUUUUCUACAUCAUAACUGUGACUACUCUUAAAAAGUAUUUAACUGUGAAGUAUUAUGUCAUGUCCAAAGGUUGUAAAGUGCUCUUAAUAAAUUUGCCUUUUUUUGGUUUAGAUUAUUCAAUUGCAUCAAUCAUUAUAUACACUAACCAUAAACUUCCCUAGGGAAAUCAGCAGUGUUAAAUUAUACUCUUGACUCAAGCUUGGUAGAUGUCAAGAGAUGAGUCACUCUACAAAGUGCUUAGCCCAGACCUGAUCUUGUCUAUGUGACUGAUGUUGUUGAGUUUCAGGACAUUGGCAGCAGAGGCUCAGCAAUGGUAAUGUCUCUGAAUUUUAAGGCUAGGUAGUUGUAAUCCCUUGUUGGAGAUGACCAUUACCUGAACAUUUUGUGAUGCAAAUGUUACCUGCCAAUUACCAGCUCAUGCCUAAAUAUUAUAUAGGUCUAGCUGCAUGCAGUCAUUGACUGUUUCAUUUGUUGACAAGUUGCAAAUGGAAUUUAACAUUGUGUAAUCAUCAACAAACAUCCGCACUUCUACCCUUACAACGGAAAAAUGUUAUUGCCAAAGUAAACAAAACUAGUUGGGGCUAGGACUCUGGAAUGUUCCCUGUUUAGUGAUUAGGCAAUCUAGUGAAAAAAGUCAUGACCAUUUGUAAUAAAAGUUAUGUAAUUAGACACCAACUUGAAAAGUAUAAUAGUAUUAUUGCAUAGGCAGGUUCGUUUUAUGUAACAAAAAUAGAAAAUGCUGGAAACAGUCAGUGACUCAGGCAAGACCUGUGGAUAGAGAAUCAGAGAUAAUGUUUCAGGUUGAAGAUUUUUCUUUAGCAUUGGAAAAGGAAGACAACACGUUAAUUUUAAGAUGUAGAGAAGUUGAGGGAGGGACAAUAAGACAAAGGGAUAGAAUGUGCCCAAAAUUGCCAUGGGGAGAAGUUAAUAAAGACAAACAGAGGGAGACAGUACAAAUGCUGUGAAAUGUGGGAAGUUAAGUCAAGUCAAGUCAAGUCACUUUUUAUUGUCAUUUUGACCAUAACUGCUGGUACAGUACACAGUAAAAAUGAGACAACAUUUUUCAGGACAAUGGUGCUACAUGAACAAUACAAAAACUAUAUUGUCACCAAACAAUUGAUACUAGAGUGUACAAUCAUCACAGUGAUAUUUGUU